UGCUUCUGCCAGCAUAGCCUGCAUCGAUAUUGCCAUUGCCGCAUUCCGCAAGCCUGUUCCCUACUCCAGUGUCCAUCACACUGCAUUACGCGUCCUCCGCACAGCUUCUAUAAGCUCCACAUCGCUCCCCGGCCGUCGCUCCUUACGCCUAUGCGUCCGUACCCGGCCCAAUAUACCAGCGCCGUAGCAUAGCCUAGAUGCCUUCGUUCCUAAGUAGUUUGCGCAGAAAGAGUAGUCGAAGCUCCAAAGCCAGCGGCAGGCAUGGCCAGGUGGUUCUAGAUGGUCAGGCGAACGGACAGAAUGGCAAUGGUUUGUCCCAUCGCGUCUCUGCUUCGACGCUGAACUCUUCGCAAGUCGGCUCGUCGACACCAUCCACCACGCCGGCCACGUCGACGACCGAAGAUGUUACAACCCUGACCAAAAACCUCACAAAUGGUCCCACGCCUCUACCGGCUCGGCCCCAGCGGCCCUCUGUCGAACCCGUCAAGCGUUACAGCAUGAAUGGCUUAUCUUCGCCAACAUCCACUGGCUCCAAUGCGUCGCUGAACAAAUCGUCGCUUCUCGCACCGCGCGUCAUUUCCGUUUCGGAUAACUCAUGGGUGCAUCAACAAGUACUACUAAUAUUCGGACAGGUCGGUGAAGCGAAUAGUAGGCCGCUGGACGGUACAAUUACGGUUAACCACCAUCAAGGCCGCUUCCCAGCUACAUGCUGGCCGGUCCACGACUCAUACUUCAAGGCUUUGGUGCAUCUGGAGCCUGGGUGGAAUCGCAUUCGUCUAGACUUUGCUUCGCCCAAGGUGUCAUCCAACAAUACUUCCGUCCCCUGCCAUGCCUCUUUCAUAAACAUCAACUACCUGCCGCUAUCGCAUUCUCCGCCUCUUCAACUGGCCAUCAUUCUUGGCCGGGACUCUCCAGGCACAUAUGACGUACCUCCAGAUCGCAUGCAGCGGGAAGGAAACGGCCUAGAUCUUGCGAUUCGGAAAUUCCGCAUGGCGGCAUAUCUUUGGCAGGCUUUCACAGGCGAGCAGAUGAAGCGGUACGGUUUUGGUCGACGCUGCUUCCGCUUCGAGGACGCUUGGGAGCCAGGGACUUUGAGCUUCCAGGACUGGGCAACCAACCAAUAUCGAACGCAGGCGAAGGUCCAUGUCAUUCGCUCUAGCAAGACUGUCGCCGAGAUCCAGGAUCUUGAGCGUGCUCAGCAAUACGGGCCUGGGACGAAGAAGGGGGAACUCUUCGAUAUUGCCCUAGAAGCCUGCAGAGACUAUUUCCACCCAACGCAAAAACACUACGUUUCCUGCAUGUUUCUCGACUCGCGUUGGGACCAGAAGGAGAACACGAUUCGAGGACAUGCAGCUCUAGGCGGCGGAGCUGGAGACCUACAGAUUGGUAUAUUUGGUUCGCACGCACUCCACAGCUAUCCAUCGAGUAUCGAAGAGGUUUUCCAGUCCUUCCAGGACUGCACUCGGACAGACACCGCUUUUGUCGCAAAUGACUGUAACGAGUCCGGCAGCAAUUGGGAAACUGCCAACAUAGGAAUUGGCGCUCACCUCCACGAGACUGGGCAUCUAUUCGGAUGCCCACACCAGGAGUCUGGCGUCAUGUUACGCGACUACGUUACCUUGAAUCGUACAUUUAUUUGUCGAGAAUCAUAUUCGACCCGAACCAAAUCACCCGGCCAACGGCUUGUUUUGCCCAAUGAUGAAUGUAGAUGGCACAAACUAGAUGUGCUCCGUUUCCGAUUCCAUCCGUGCUUCCGGAUACCAAUCGACCAGGACAAUCUCAACGGAGAUAGCAGCGUGCAAGUGUGGACGGUUGAUAGCGGUCAAGGUGGUGUAAUUGCAACAUCGAAAUCUGGGAUCGCAUGGGUUGAGCUGUACCCAGAGGGAGACGAUGUUUGCCAUUACUGGAGAGAGUUUCCUGAGUCGGACAAUCAGUUUCCACGACAGGUUGCACUGGAAGAGGCCACUCUCCGCGCACUCAUGCCCAAGGAGAAGCUCAAGUCACGACUGAAGAUCGAGGUCUUCUCUGCAGGCGGAGGGAGUCACGUUAUCGAAGACUUUAGUCUGCUUGCGAACCAAAAGCUGGCUCGCGUUAAAUUUCCCGAUGGUCGUUGGGGUUACCGAGGCAGCAAGUUGGGGUACUCGCAGAUGGAGGGCUCACAACCGCAAGAGAUUCUGCUCGAGAACACGUACAUAUCGACUAAGCUCCUGCUUAGCGUCAAAGUGUAUCAUGGUUUCGCCCUAGACGGCCUAGAAUUCAUCUAUGAGGACGCGACUAGCCAGCUAUUUGGCAAGCGCGGAGGUACUCCCACUGAUUUCCCGUUGGAUACGCGGAAGGGAGAGCUUAUAUUAGGUUUUGCUCUGCGGGCAGGGCUUUGGAUCGAUGGCAUCCAGAUCUUGACGACCUUGGGUAGGAAGAGUGAUUGGUUCGGCAAUCCUAAUGGUGGUAGCGGGCACACGCUCAUCCCUCCUCGCGGGUAUACAAUCGGCGGCAUAUCCGGAUCCUGUGGUAGUUGGAUUGACGGCUUUUCGUUGAUCAUCACGCGCUGAGACUAUUGCGUACAUAUUCAGCUUUUGACACCUCUUUGUUUGGGCAUCGCGUUCGAUUAUCCGGAUGUCUACACUAAGACGCCUACUCUAGUAGUCGUCGUUGUCCAUCUAUCAUCGAGGGUGUCCAAACGGACCCCAUCGCCCAUGAAGACCCGGCUGGAGAUAAUGAACUGAUAUGUUGGUCAUAGGCUGAGGCUUAAGCCU